UCAGCUUCCACCAGCACCACACCAUGACGUGAAGCGCCGGCUGAUCGAGAAAUUUAAAAAGUCUUUGUUCCAGAGAGGUAGUGAUCCAUACAGUCUGAAGGUGGAACUCAGCAAGCUUCUCCAGGCCUCACCAGAGCUAAUGGAGUUGAGCUCCAACAGUUCAGAGUGGUGGCCCCUGGUUAAUCACUUCCCAGGAGAGACGCUCACUACUGACAGUUCAGCAGAUGAUGGGAAUCUUAAAGACGGAGUCACAUACCAGCAGAUGCAGGGAAUAAUAGAAGACCUGCUGGUUGAAAAUGGUUACUACAACACCACCAACUUCAGAAUCAUUGAGAGGACAAAUGAGCACCGUCCCUACAUGUCUUCAUGAGAGACAGAAGAAUCGGCUUUUUUGAUUUAUUAUAUCUCGUCUUUCUGAUCCGCUCCUCCCUGCAGUGGUUUUAAUCAUUUUCUAUUCAUUUACCAAUACUUUCUGCUGUUUCCUGUUUCAUCUCAGCACAAGCUCUGAGUACGGUAACGUGUGCUGACGCUGAUAUGAACUAUACAUGAACGGCAUUGACAUGUGAAAAAAUCCUAUCGUUUGACAGUAAAAUGUUAUUUGGUUGUUUUGUGUGCAGAUCCUGUGAUGUGUUUUCAUGCAAAGACAAAAAGGUGUAUUUAAUGGGACUUCGCUGGACUGGAAUUUAGUGUAAAUCAAUGCAUUGCCUCGGAUUGACCAACAGGGGACAGUAUGAGCCUUUCCUAUAAAGAAGCUGCAGUGACCUGAAAGAACCUGAGCUUAAACUGAAACAAAUAGGAGAUGGUGUUUUCUGCUUAUAGUAACAGCAUCAUCAUCAGCAUCAUCCCUGCCACCACGAGGCGCAGCUAACAUUAAUCAAACCCUUCAGAUUAAGAAAGAUAAAGACAAACCAGACACUGAUGCUUUUCCGAAAUUGCAUUAUUUUGAUGAAGCAAAACAUUUUAAUUGAAAACAUUUAUACAGCGAUCAUUAAAGUCAUGUAAAAAAACCCAUUUAGAACAAUAUGGUUAUCAACUGUUAAUGUCCUCUGUAGGAUGAUGUGUAACUAAUUCAGUUGACACACAUUUGCAGUAAAAAAUUCACAGACUAAGGAAAGAGCUCAAAACUACAAAAUUACAGAAUAAGCACUAAUUUGUUUAUUGAUGUUUGUUUUUUUAAGAAAACGGACAUAUCUUUUGUUCACAUCAGUGUAUGAUUAAGAUUGUUUAAUUUUCUCUUUUGAUUUUUAACUAUCAUCGUUAUCAUCAGGGACAACGUUGUUUAAGGUGUUUCUGUCCAAAUCUAAUAAAAUAUUCUAAUUGUUAAGCUAAUGCUAAACGUACCGGUGCGUGUUGAGGUAAAGACUGAUCGGUGUGAUCUCUCAUGCAAAUAUAAAUACAGGAAACACCUGGUUGACGUUAAAUCUCUCAUUAAAGCAACACUACGUAACUUUAAAAAAAAAACAAAAAAAAACAAAA